UAACUGUAAUCAAAGAUACAUUGAUUGAGUUUAUUCUCUAUUACAAUCAAUUCUCUUUACUGUAAUAAAACAUUUUUCAGAAAUGUCUACUCCCUAAUAGAUGGCGGUGUAAUUCAAUAUAAUUCAGUAAUUUCUACUCGCUAAUAGAUGGCGCUGUAAUUUAUAUAAUCCGGUCGAACAUUGUAGGGGUGUAUAUUAAAGAACCGUUUGACGUAGACGAAAAUACGCCCACACAAACUGUCAGUGGGACAGCUAGAAUUGUGUUAAGUUUGGUUUGGUCGAUGUGAUUUAUUUUACCACUCAGCACAAGUUUUGCAUCACCUAUGGCGUUAAAUAAUAAGAUGUGAAGCAUGGAGCGCCACGGACCGCCCGGCGUCAACUCGCGCGCGCUCAGCGCCACGCACUCCGCCGCCGACCUCGAGGUGCUGAGGGAGAUAGAGAACGUGUACUUCUCCCCCCCUAGCGAGUUCGACGCGGCGCGGCACGCGCUCGAGAGCGCGCCCGACCCGCCCACCUGCGACGCCAUCGAACGAAUGUUCACGAAGCUGAAGAGGCAGCAGCAGGUGGUAUCCGGAAAAGCGUUGCACCUCAUCUCCCAACAACGCGACAACUGCGAUCGCGAAUUCGCAGAAAUCCAGAACAUUCGCGAACAACUCGCCACCACCCUCCACACCUGUCAAACCGCCCGUAACCACCUCCGAACCGCCUCCAACCACCUAACCAUAUCCACCUUUGUGAUCUUGGCUAACUUCAGGAAAAGACAGAUCAUCAGGUCAGUCCUCAAGUCUUUAGAAUUACUCAGGAGUUUAAGAAGCGUCGAGAAAGAUGUUCAGGAGUUGCUGCUUAAGAAGGAGUAUUGUGAGGCGAUCCAGUUGAUUCUGAAGAGUCGGAAGGCCGCUGCAAAUCAUAAGGAGUAUACAUGUAUUGCGGAUUUAGCUACAAGGUUACAGGAUACUUUAGACAUGACAGAAGAGAAGUUAGACUCAGUUUUAGCUAGUAUAUGUUAUAGCUUCGAUGGAGAGACUUUCAGUAAGUUGAGGAAAGCCCAUGCGUUGCUUGGGAAAAGCCAAGCGGCUAUGGAGCAGUUACAUAUGCAUUACUCCUCUGCAGUGAAUGAGACAUCUUUAAAAUCAGUCAAAGACUGUAUUGGGGAAGUCUCUAUCGAAGUAAAGUUUCAAGAGAUGUGUCAAUCAGUACCAAAGGAUAAAGCUGCCAUUUGCUUUUUGAAUCUAUGCGAGAAUUUGUUUUUAAUCAUGAGAAGUUACUAUUUAUUAGUGAAAUGGCAUUCGAAACAUGAGGAUGAAGAUUUGCCAAGUUCAAGCGUGUUUGAAAUUGAAAGAAAUGUUAGUAGGGAGUAUAUAAAACAGAAGUUGAAAGGGGGUUUAGUGAGGAUCUGGCAUGACGUGCAAGCGAAAGUGUCGACAUUUUUAAAGAGUGCCUAUAUAGAGGAUUUUGCUUUUGAGAAGUUUAUUCAGAUACUCGGUAUUUUGAGGCGGUUAAUGCAAGUAGCUGAGGUAUUUUGUGGUGAUAAAUCCGAUAUUUUAGAGGAUUUUAUAAAGAGUCAUAGUAUGUCGUAUAUCAAGAAUUAUCAUAGAGGACGUAUGGAAGAACUUAAGCUGUUCCUUGAGAAUGAAGGAUGGGAGCAAUGUCCUGUCAAAUCAACAUUUACAUUGCUAAAUCUCCAAGAGUUCAAGAAGUUUAAAAAAUACCUGAAUCCAAACUUUGACACAUCUAUAUCCAAAGUCAGUACACUAUCUGAUGGGACUUCCUCAGUCCAUUCCCAGGAUGACAGUGUGUAUAUUGCAAAAUACUUCAAUCAGAAAACCACGCAUACUCCUUUUGAGAUUUUCCGGAGCGACAAUGUGACUAAUGAUGAUAUAUUUGGCCUAGAACCUGAGAUAGACGGCAGUGAUACAUCGGAUGACGAACCAGAAGAGUUAAAGAGAGAUUUCGUUGAUGAUGACGCUAAGAGUCCAUCGAAAGUGAAACAUUCCGUCAUAGUGACUAACACCACUUUAUCCGUCUUACGGAACUGCGGGCAAUAUUUACAAAUCUGUAGAUAUCUCCCGCAAAUAUCUUUAGAAGUUGUCAUGCUUAUGAACCAGCUUUUCGACUUUUAUUUCUACACUGUACAUUUAUUUUUUACUUCCGAUCUUGAUGUAGCUUCAGCUACUUUAUAUACUUCAAAGUUAACAGCCACUUUAAAAAGGAUAUCCAAUUCCAUAGAUACUUCUAAUUCAGGAGACUCGAAAACCUUCCUAUGUCCAGAAAUACCUCAGCAUUUAGACUUAUCUUCCGAAGAGUAUCUACACGGCUUAAGCGAGCGUAUAGUCGCAGUGGAAAGCGUCAUCUUCCUCGCAAAGCAAUUUGAGUUUUUACAACCAUAUUUAGAGUCGAUAGUCGCUCAGCAUCAAAGACUAGUUUUAGAACAUUUUAGAGAUAACACUCUAGCUAGUGCGGUGGAUUUAAGGAUGCCUGUAUACAUGUGCUCGGCCUCCAAAGCAGUGGACGCUAGAACCACUUUACUGGCCAUGUCUCAAGUGCGAUGGGAUGUUAAGAAUGUCGAGGUAGAAAACAGCCCUUACGUAGACAUGAUAACACGAAAAAUUCAAGUGUUUGCAUUAAGAUUAGAGAAUAUAUCAAAGAAGGUUACUCUUAACCUAGAAAUUAUAAAUUCUAUUUGGGCUAUGGUGUCUAAAUUCAUCGUACACUUGCUGGUGGAAGGCUUUUCUAAUGCUACAAAAUGUUCAAAUGGAGGCCGUGGACUCAUGCAACUCGAUUAUAGACAAUUAUUUGUUAAAAUUGAGAAAAAUUCCGGUCUUAAACCUGUUCCGUACCAAGAAUAUGUCGACAGGUAUGUUAAAGCGUACUAUCUGCCUAGAAAUGAGUUGGAAGAAUUCGUCAGAGAGAGAUUGGAGUACUCUAACAAACAUUUGCUGGCUUUGGUGAGCUGUGCGUGCGAAAAUAAGAGAGAUAGACAAGAAUUGACUGCUGUUAUAGAGAAGAGAGAUACUUAAAAAUAUCAAGGUCGCUUUAACCCGUGGUGGCUUGCGUGGGGUGUCAUCGUGGACGAUGUCGGAAUACGCGAAGGUUAGUUUUGGGCUUUGGGCUGUAGCCACGCGUCUGACGUCUUUGUCGGUAAAAGGUAAACUAUUUUUUUCUGUCCCGCCCAGGACAUGUCAUCUUGAAAUGACACAAAAGUGGAAAAAAUUAAACGAUACGGUUAUGUUACUUAAAUGGAAUAAUGAGACUAGAUUUAUAAUACAAAAAUUAUACAGUGCGUAAAUCCAAUACAGACGAUAAAUCAAACCAGACAUAGAAUUUACCCGCGUAAUCAUGAAUUAAGAAGUUUUUUAAGUAAAUAUGACCCAGUAAUUAUUUCUUGAAAAUUUACCGAGGAGCAAUGUACUGCAAACAUUACGAGAAAUAAGAUGUUACAUGACUAUAAAAAGCUCGUAUCUCGUAACCUGUGUGCUGCUGUACAUUGCGAGCCGAAUUAUUUUGUAUGGUUAAUAUUUUAAUUGUAUUUCUAAGCAAAAGUCAUGUCAAUAUACUUCUUAAAUAUGCUAACCACCGUUUAAAGGUUUGCCCGUAUUGAAUUUACACACUGUAUUGAGUCGGCAGCAAACCUCGCUAAGCGGGCGGGGCCUACUAAAUUAUUUGAACUUUAUUUUCAACAUAAUAGGAGCGUGUGUAUACUGCUGAUUGUAUGUAUGAAGAUGGUUAAUAUUCAUAU